AUGGGUCGUCCUGACUCGGAGGCGCCGGCGUCGAGCGUUGCCUACGGAGGCAGCGGAGGCGCCGCGGCUCCGGCGGGGACGAGGGCAGACUCGCCUUUCGAGACCAACGUGGCGAUCAUCCUGGCCGCGCUCUUCUUCGGGCUGCUCCUCAUAAUCGCACUCAACUCGCUGGCGCGGUGCGCGCUCCGGUACGUGGGGCGCGGGGCCACGGCCGCUGCCGGCGAGGGCCGGGCGUCGGCGCGGGUGGCCUGCAGCGGCAGCGGCAUCAAGAGGCGCGUCCUCAGGAGCCUCCCCGUGGAGGUGUACGGCUCCGGGGAGGACAUCGACGACGUGUGCGCUAUAUGCCUGAGCGAGUUCGUGGACGGCGAGAAGGUGCGCGUGCUGCCGCUCUGCGGGCAUGGCUUCCACGUCCGCUGCGUCGACGCCUGGCUGGUGUCCCACGGCUCCUGUCCCACGUGCCGGCAGCCGGUCAUCGAUGGCGCGCCCGAGAAGGCGGCAGACACGAACACGGUCGUCACCGUGGUCAUCGUGUGAGUCCAUCUCGCGGCGAAGCAUGCCAUUGCUGCCGGUACAGCACAGCCCCGCAUUCCCAAGCUCUUGUGCGUGUGGAAGUUUCCGGGAAUGAUUGAUGCCAUGCUUGUCAGCCGCAGCUAGCUAGUGGAAUGUAUAUAUGAUCGAAGAGCUCAAUUGUUGGUGUAAAUAUUCGACCGCGCAAAAUGCU